AUGGAAUGUCUGUACCAUAUCACAACGGUCCUAGCGAUCGAUUGCGGAUUUCCUAUGCACAGCAAUUGCAAGAUUCCACAUAUAUAUAUGAAGACAAAUCAAUCUAUGGCUCUCUCUCUCUGUCUCUGUCUCUCUCUCGUACGCGCAUACACGUUCAUCAAUCAUUUCAAUCAAGCGCUCCAUCAAUCACAAUCACAAUCACAAUCACAAACAUCAAAGCAAGUACCUUUGGGGGAUUGA